AGUUUUGCCCCUUUCAAGAUGGCCACCGGGGCAACUUCAUAUGACCUGAGCUCGAUUAUAUCUUGUGAUCGAGAUUUCCCUGGAUUUCAGCCCGCAUCUUCUUCCACACAUGCGGCACGGAGCUCUUUAAUGUCGGCGGAAGUUCAGUUCAGUCGCUGCUUCAACAAACUAAGAGCUCUGCGACCCGCCGACAGUCCGGGCUUCAGAACCGAACUGAACCUGCUGUUCGACCAGCUGAUCUCCGAGAACUACAGCAACAACAACAGUAACAGGAGCUUCACAAAUGAAACCAUACGACCACAAGACGUCUGUGUUCUGCUUGUGCACGCGAGCCGGUUGGUGCCUCACAGCCAGGAACAUCUGGUUGUCAAACUGUGCCAGUUGAUGCACCAGCUUCUGAACCAGCUACAGAUGAUCGUGGAUGAGGAGGCGCUGGAUGUGCUCGUGUCAUAUUGUAUACGCGCUCUGCACGUCUGCAGCCCAUGGACACACACAGAAAUUCUGCUGGCUCUCUCGUCAGUACUGUACGCCAACGGAGCCCGGUGUCAUCGGCACCUUCCAGAUCUUCUCGGGCAGAACGGUAUUCUUCUGAAGUAUGCUGACCCCGGUCAGAGUGACAUAGAGCUCCGACGUUCUGCUCUACAUUGCAUGGCCAACCUUUGCAUCAGUGUUCCUGGUAAUCCCUUUCUGGAAGAACCGUACAAAGGAGUGUGUUACAGAAUUUUCCUGCAGACUCUUCAGAUACGGAAGCCGUCCAGUGUGGAGGAUCUUGUCUUCUGUACGGUGCUGCAAAAUGCUCUGAAGGGGAUGCAGUAUUUCCUAAAUGGAGGGAAAUGGAAGGCGGGUCCUGAUCAGGACCUGGGCUCGCUGUUGGCUAUACUGAAGAAAUUCAUGUUUUACGGACUGCCAGGAAUAAAUGUGGAAAUGCCUCCGGUUCUGUACCCGGCGCCUCUCCCUCAGUACGACGCCGUAACCAAAACCGAACCCGCACAAGACCUGCCAGCUGCGAGGAAAACACCGACGUCCCAACAGAAUAAAAAGCGAAAGUCUCGCGGGAAAGGGAAGAAAGCUAAAGAAGAGAGAAAGACAGAUGACGGAGCAGAGGAUGGUGAGGACGAGGAGCCGGGAUCGAGGUCUAUCAGGAACGGAGCGUGCGGAGAACCGGGACGAGGAGAGCUGCAGACUGUCUGGUCUCAAAAGUCUUCAGAAGUUAGUCUGCCUCUCCAGCCAGGAGCAAACCCUCAAUUCUACCCCUCCUGGAAGAAAGGAAGCUCUGACUCCGAGUUCUCCGAUCCUGAAGGGGGAAUGGCCUCCAAACUCAGGCUGUACCUGGCUCGAGUGCGUCAGAGCGCUCUGAACUGCUUCCUGGCCGUAGUGAAGUGUGUGGAAAAGAGGGUUUUGUACGGCUACUGGUCCUCCUUCAUCCCCGACGCUCCCGGCAUCGGAAGUCCGCCUUCUCUUACCCUGAUCACUAUUGCUCUCAAAGACCCGUCUCCAAAGGUGCGAGCUGCGUCUCUGCAGGUGCUCUCCGGGCUUCUGGAAGGUUCUCGCCAGUUUCUCUCAGCGGCCGAGGAUACCAGCACACCUCGACAAGCCUUCACGCCGUUCUCUGCAACGCUGGCUGCCAGCUUGAGGGAGCUGCACCGCUGCCUUCUGCUUGCUCUGCUAGCCGAAUCGUCUUCCCAGACCCUCACUCAGGUCAUAAAGUGCCUUGCCCACUUGGUGUCCAACGUGCCCUACAGACGCUUAAGGCCGGGUCUGCUCAGUCCUCUGUGGAAACAGAUUCGCCCGUACAUCCGGCACAGGGAUGUGAACGUACGUGUUUCUAGCCUCACUCUGCUGGGCGCGAUGAUCUCCUCUCAGGCCCCGCUGCCGGAAGUGCAGCUCCUCCUGAAACAACCGUCUUCUGGAAGCAGAGACAGAGAUGCUAACGCUUGUGGAGACGUCAAGGGGGCAGAGGAGGCUCCAUGCUGGCUGCUGCAGGUGUGUGUAUCUCUGGUUACUCAGCCCAGAGAGGAUUCCUGCUCCGACAGCGACACAACAGCAACCAACUCUGGUUCACUGGAGCCGUCGCCCGUCCGGCUCGAGGCGCUUCAGGUCCUGGCACAUCUGGUGAAGGGUUAUUUCUGUCUGGCUCAGGCGUCUCUGCUGGAGUUGGGGCAGCUCAGUGCUCGCUGUCUCAGAGAACAGGACCCGUCUGUGCAGUUACAUGGAGCGAAGCUGUUAGAGGAACUGGGCACCGGAAUCAUCCAGCAGUACCGAGCUGAUCCCAGCACCUCUGAAAGCGUCAGCCCUGUGCCAGUGAGCCAGGUUGUACAGUUCUGGUCAGAGGUUCUGACCGGACCGUUGAUCGGAGCCUUACAGAACGAGCAACACCUGACGCUGCAGACGAGCGCAUGCGACACGCUGUCCUCCAUCUUACCACAAGCCUUCAGCCAGCUUCCGGACAAGACACAAGUUCUGUGCAUCACGGUUUUGCUUGGGCUGACCUACAGCGAGAACUCAUUGGUGAAAGCAGCAGCAGUGAGGGCUCUAGGUGUCUAUAUUCUCUUCCCCUGUCUCAGAGAGGACGUGAUGUUUGUUGCAGACACGGCUAACGCCAUCCUCACCGUUCUGGACGAUCGCUCACCCAAUGUCCGUGCCAAGGCUGCCUGGUCGCUAGGCAACCUCACCGACACACUCAUCGUCAACAUGGAGACUGUUGGACUGGAAUUUCAAGAGGAGCUCUCUGACAUGCUGCUUCUGAAGAUGCUCAGAUCUGCCACCCAGGCCUCCGGUGACAAGGACAGGAUAAAGAGUAACGCAGUGCGAUCUCUGGGGAACCUCCUGCACUUCCUGCAGCCGGUGCAUCUGACUAAGCCAGCUUUUGCUCAGCCUCUUGAUCAGGCCAUGAAGGCUCUUAUAGACACAGCCAGAGGAGAUGCUACCAUGAAGGUGCGCUGGAAUGCCUGCUACGCUCUGGGCAACGCUUUCCAAAACACUGCCUUGCCUCUGGGCACUGCCAGCUGGUCUACCGAGGCCUACUCCGCUCUCUCGUCCAUCGUCACGUCCUGCAAGAACUUCAAAGUCCGCAUCAAAUCCGCCGCCGCCCUGUCCGUCCCCGCGAAACGGGACUGCUACGGAGACGAGCGACAGUUCGCCGAAGUCUGGCGAGCCUUGACGCAUGCUCUCGAACACAGCGAAGAAACCCAGGAUUUUCUCGAAUACCGCUACUGCGCCAGCUUGCGUUCCGAACUCUGCCACUCUCUCCUUCACCUCCUGUCCCUGUGCCGAGUCAGCGAUCUUCCUGCGAUCGGAGCCACACUGAGCGACCAGACGACUCCCGCGCUGCUCGGCUUCUUGGUCAAUUAUCUCGCCGGCGUUUCUGUAGUAACUGGGCGCGAUCUCGUCGGUGGAGAAGAUGCAGGAUGCCAGACGGAACCUACAGACAGACUGAAGCUCCUGGAUCAGACUUUGAUUAGACUGAGAGAGCUGGAAGGAGAUAUUAAAACAGGAAGUAGGUCUGAUCUGGACAGGGUGAUUGGAUUCUUAGAGGAUGUUACGAAGACCUGCGAAGGGUUGAAGGUGUCGGACGGAACGGACGCCAUGCAGACAUGCAAUAAUUCGCUGUCAAAGCUUUUAUGAAACAGUUAAAGGAAUUAAAGCCAGAUGUUACUUUGGUGUAUCUGCCAUUCAGGAUGUAAACAUAAUGAAACGGCUUAGAAUCAUACUUACAGCAUACAGUUACAUCAUAUUUACAGCUUUAUCUGAACAGAACUCUUUAGUCAAGCUUGAUUUCAUUAAGAAAAGCGGCAUUUAACACACACUUACUGUUCACUUUAUUAGGAACACCUGUACGAUCAGUCAGUCCUGCAGUUAUCCAAUGAGCCAGCCAGAAGAUUCAAGGUCAUGUUUUUUUCUAAUAGGUUCAGAUUCCUGUUCUUGCGAGACUCGAGCAGACCCGAUGUCUUCUUCUGCUCUCGUACCUCAUCCACCUCAAGCUCAAAGUUGAGAUGCUUGUCUGCUCAGCAUGGUUAUAAAGAGUAGUUAUGAGUUACCGUAGCCUCCCUUUCAGCUCGAACCGGCCCGGCUGUUCUCGGUUCAACCCACAGAACCUGGCUUGUCUUUGUCAAGAGAGUGAUGUUUGACUUCAUGUGAAGUUUAACUGAGUGUCUUGAAUGUAUCUUGACUGGCUGAUUGGAUCAUGAAUGAGCAGCUGGUGCAGGUGUAACAGCACAUAUCAAGUCUAUACAUCACAGAUAAUUUAAUGGACAUUUCAUCCUUGCUCGGUUUUUCACCCAGGCUGUGUUUUUAUGUAUACAUGGAUUCUGAAAGGUGGGAAUGCCUGAUUGUCCUGUAUUAAAUCCAGACCAAAGCAAAGAAACAAUAAAGUUGUUGGGUUUUUUUUUUAAUUUGUGAUGUGUAAUGAUGUGAACAGCAGAGGGCGACAUAGAGCUGCAAGUUCCGAA